UUGCUUAGUAACAACUCCUAUGCGCUCCAUCCGUCCACCAAACAGAAGCUAGCCAGGUGGUUUAUUUCAGAUUUUGGAAACGCAUCACGUUACAAGUGAUUUUUUGUCGUUAAAACUACUCGUGUGAAGCCAUGACAACUAUAAAAGACGGAGAGUACACGUCUACAAUCUACAAACUGAUUAAAGACGGCCAGUAUGUGGAGGCAAUUCAUAUCCUGAACGGCCAACUUCAAAAACACACGAAGUCCAGGGCAGCGCUGUCUCUGCUGGGUUACUGCUACUAUCACAUCCAGGACUUCACCAACUCUGCAGAGUGCUAUGAGCAGCUCACCCAGCUGCAUCCAGAGGUGGAGGAGUACAAGGUGUACUAUGCCCAGUCGCUUUACAAAGCUGGUGCUUAUCCUGAGGCGCUGAAGGCUUCCUUCGUGCUCGACAACCCCAGCAGUCACAUCAAGAUGGUGAAGCUUCAAGCCUGUAUCAAAUAUUGCGAGGAAGAUUACUCUGCUGCCAAGUCACUGCUGGAGCAGCUGCCCCAGGAAGACCCAGACUACGUCUACAAUAUGGGCUGUUUGCUUUACCAAGACGGCAAGUAUGAGGAGGCCUGCAAGAAGCUUAUGUCUGCCAUGCAAGUGCUGGGAUAUGUGCCAGCGUUGUCCUACAACAUCGCCCUAUGUUACUACAGCCUGAAGAACUAUGCUCAGGCCCUCAAAUACAUUGGGGAGAUCAUCGAGCGAGGCAUCAGAGAACAUCCAGAGCUGAGUGUCGGGAUGACAACAGAGGGCAUUGACGUCCACAGUGUGGGCAACACACUGGUGCUGCAUCAGACAGCCCUGAUUGAAGCCUUCAACCUCAAAGCUGCCAUUGAAUACCAGCUAAAGAACUUGAAAGGAGCUCAGGAGGCUUUGACAGACAUGCCACCCAGAUCAGAGGAGGAGCUGGACCCAGUGACGCUCCACAACCAGGCUCUGGUGAACAUGGACACAAAGCCAUCAGAGGGUUUUGAGAAGCUGGCCUUCCUGCUGCAGCAGCCCUCCUUCCCCCCAGUCACAUUUGGAAACCUGCUUCUGCUCUACUGCAAACACGAGUACUUUGACCUGGCAGCUGAUGUCCUGGCAGAGAACGCCCAUCUCACCUACAAGUUCCUCUCGCCAUACAUGUAUGAGUUUCUUGAUGCCUUGUUGACCUGCCAGACAGCACCGGAGGAGGCUUUUAGGAAGUUUGAUGAGAUGAACGCCAAACUGACAGAACAGUUACGAAAGCUGGCCAAGCAGGUGCAGGAGGCCAGGUUGGCUCGAGACGAUGAAGUGCAGAAGAAAGCUCUGCAGGACUACGACUUGAUGCAGGAGAAGUACAUUGUGGUCCUGAUGGCUCAGGCCAAGAUCUACUGGAACAGGGAGAACUUUCAGAUGGUGGAGAAGAUUUUCCGCAAGUCGGUGGAGGUCUGUAAUGAGGAUGACACAUGGAAGCUGAACGUAGCCCACGUGCUCUUCAUGCAGAACAAGUACAAGGAGGCCAUCGGCUUCUACGAGCCCAUCGUAAAGAAGCACUACGAUAACGUGGAGCAGUGUAACAUUCAGGAGUGUCCCUGCAAGUGCAAACCCUCGAUCCUGAAUGUGAGCGCUGUGGUCCUGGCCAACCUGUGUGUGUCCUACAUCCUGACCAGCCAGAAUGAGGAGGCUGAAGAGCUAAUGAGAAAGAUUGAGAAAGAGGAGGAGCAGAUCUCCUACGACGACCCCGAAAAGAAGGUCUUCCACCUCUGCAUUGUCAACCUGGUGAUCGGGACACUAUACUGUGCCAAGGGGAACUACGACUUUGGCAUCUCUCGUGUCAUCAAGAGCCUGGAGCCUUACAAUAAAAAGCUGGGGACGGACACAUGGUUCUACGCCAAACGCUGUUUCCUCUCUCUGCUGGAGAACAUGUCCAAACACAUGGUCAUGCUGAGGGACGCUGUGGUACAGGAGUGUAUCCAGUUCCUGGAACACUGCGAGGCGUACGGUAAGGAGGUUCCCGCCAUCAUCGAGCAGCCUCUGGAGGAGACCCGCAUUCACAUUGGCAAGAACACCGUCACCUAUGAGGCUCGACUGCUCAAGGCGCUGUUCUACGAGGUCAUUGGCUGGAACAAGUGACGUCAUCACACAGGUGUCACUGUUAAGUGUGAGGUUUUUACCAGAUCAGUAAAAUCACUGAUUAUUCUCUGUGUCAAUGUUUUUGACAUAUAGAAUAAUGGACUGGACUUGACUGGAAUCAAGAGACACUGGGCACACAUUAAGGCCUGCUGUGCACGCUUUAAAUCUCUGGGAAUCAAAACUAUUUCCAGUUCUUGACUUUCUUUUGGGACUCACUCUGCCUUCCUCUGUCUCAACACACAUACACACACACACACACACACACACACACACACACACACCCCAAGGGAAGCUUGUAUGUUGAUGUUGAGUUGAGCUGGGGCAGUUUUGGCAGAAUGAUGGCUCCAACAGAUCUUACAUAACCAGCUUGUGUUCUUUCUCAUGUUAUAAGGCCUCCUGCUCCGACAAAAGCUCCACUUGACAGACUCUUACAGCCAGUAAUGUGAUCAGAGAUUAUUUACAUUAAUAACUACUAUUUAUAUACUGUUGUAGAGAAUAACAUUUGUUUACAUAGAGCAGACUUUUUAUUGGUUGUUUUUUCUUCUAACAUGAAAUACAUGAUAACAUUCUGUAUGUACAGUAAGUUCAUCUACAGACAUUCAUAGUUCAUGCAUAUAUCCUCUUGGUCAG